AUGACUGAAUCGGUUGAUACUGACGAUGUUCGAAGUUCGGCAGACGAAGAGGAAGAAGAAGAGAAUAUAUUCGUUGAUGCAAUCAUUUGGGUCGAUGCGAAUGUGAAUAUUGAAGAAGAAAAUCGAAAAGCUCAGCAAGAACUUCGGCAGUUGUUUGAAAGCAUUCAAAUAUUGGUAUUUGAACGAUCAUCAGAUUGUGAAGAAUAUGUUCAACAACAUAGUGAAAACUCGUUCUUGAUUAUUGUUAGCAGACAAUGUGCACAGAAAUUGAUUGAAAAUAUUUAUGAUCUUGAAAACAUCAAAUCAAUUUAUAUUUACUGUCGUGAUCAAAAUUGGGAAGAAGCAUUGACGAAGAAUUUUACCAAGAUAAGUGGUACAUUUAACGAAAUGCAUAAACUUGUUACUAAACUUGAACUCGAUCAAAAACGAAUGAAUAAGGCGAAAGAAUCGCUGUCAGUGGUAACUUUCUUGGUUAACUCAUACGGUGACUCAACUCUUGAUUCUGAUGGAGAUUUUAUUCAUUUUCGUCUACUACUCGAAUUUCUUCGAAAAAUGGAUUGGACAGCAAAUGAUGAAGACGAAUUUUUGGCAUUUUGGACUAAUAAAUGCUCAGAUAUUAUAAGUGACAGACGCAUUCUUGAUGAGUUUAUGAAUACGUAUUCACCUGAUCGGGUUUUUUGGUGCGAUAUCUAUGAACAAUUAAACGCAUUACAACAUGUUCAACCUCAGACACCAAUUCGAACGUAUCGUGGUCAAUUGAUUUCUGCUGAGGAACUAACUACUUUUGAAAAAUCUGUGAACCAAUCAGUUUUGAUGAAAUCUUUUUUAUCAACAACUGUCGAUCGAAAUCUAGCAUUAUUCGUUCUGGGUGACGCUGCUCAGCAGUUAGAACGAUGGCGUGUUCAUCAGCGAAUCCCGUUAAAGCGUGUAUUAUUCAUUAUUGAUGCUGAUCCUUCAAAAAUCAACGAUCUUAUACCAUUUGCGGAUAUUAGUUCGAAGAGUUAUUUUCCUGAAGAACAAGAAACACUUUUUAUGGCUGGAUGUAUUUUUCGCGUUUGUGAUGUUCGUUUCGACGAAGACGAAAAGAUUCACAUGAUCACUGGAAUUUUACGACGUAGAUGUUAA